CGACGUAUAUUAUUUUACAGAGCCAGCGGCAAGCGAACGUGGCCGAACUAUGUCGAGAAUAUCAGUAGCUAAAGGAAGCAGCUUAAAUUUCAGGGGCCGAAAAUCGAAUUCGCCUAUGAAUUUAUGCGGUCCCAAAUUAUACAAACAGCCAACGACCAAAUCCAACCGAGGUAUAAUACUAAAUGCUGUUGAAUACUGCGUUUUUCCAGGAGUAGUAAACCGUGAUGCUAAGCAGAAAGUGCUUGAUAAAAUAAAUCGAAGCGAUGCAAAACACUUUCUCAUAUUGUUUCGGGCUCUUUACAGUUAUUGGCCUGAAAAUGAAUCUGUACUGAAACUUUAUAGUACUGGUCUAAGCCAAGUAGAUGAAUUUAUGUUCGAUAAGUUUUUCAAAUAUAAUUCCGGUGGAAAGUGCUUUUCGCAAAUUCACACAAAACAUUCGACAGUAACAAUCGAUGUCUUUACCAUACAUAAUUCACUUUGGCAGGGGAAAAAGGUGAACUUGCCAAGUAAAAAGGACAUGGCGCUCGUUAUUUAG